AUGAACUUUGGCAAGUUCGCAUUGAAAUCCUCACUUCUAACCCUUACUGCCGCCGUUUUUGUGUUGCUGAUCUCCAAGACGUGGUUUUUUAGCACUCUCGGGCUGUUGUAUUCGCCGUCGUCGUCUUCUCCGGCUCAGACUCUCAGGGAUAACUGGAGAUUGCUUCUCCUGGUUGGUCCUGCCACUGCUCUGCUAUAUUAUACCACAUUCCCCAAGAUUUUUGGCUCACUGCAGUUACCGAGGCACACUUCGUCUUCGGAGGGCUCGUCGUCUUCGGCAGCCUCCGUCAACUCUGACACCAGCCACUCAUCUGUCGGCUCCACAAAUACUGCUGCAUUUGCCGCCGAAGAUGGCUCUGAUGGCUCCAAACGGACUAAGAUAAGGAAGUCCUUGGGAAACAUCAUGGACGGGAUCUCUUCCAACCUAAGAGGCUUCAGAGUAGGCUCAAAAAGAGACCCCCGGCUGUUGAAGCUUUACGAAAAGGCGGACGAACUCGGUGGAAACGUGGGUGGUCUCGUGAACGAUGGAAAUACGUGUUUUAUGAACUCCGUUCUCCAGUCGCUGGCAUCGUCGAACGAACUUAUGGAUUUCCUCGGGUUCUGCGAGGGAAACCCAGAUUGCAAGUUCAGCAAUUCGCUGAAGCAGCUACUAGACAAGCUGAAUGACAAGCAUGGCAACAAGAAUGUGACCUACAAUACCAAAUCGCUUCUCAAGAGUCUGGCAAACGGACCCCAGCGACACCUGUUUUUGGGCUACAACCAAGAGGAUGCGCAGGAAUUCUACCAGAUGCUCAUGAAAGAGCUGGAGAAAGACUUUCAAAAGCUGCAUCCAACGGACAAAUCCAUAAAGAAACCCAAGUUUGUUUCAAAGACAGACUCCAUGAUGUACGGAUCCGAGAGACUGGGAGACCUGGGAACUGUAUACGUUCCAUCAUCGCAAGUAGACCCCAAUUUUGAGGACCCAGAGAAAGUGUUUCCCAUGGAGUUGGUGACGCCGGUGGACGGUCUACAGUGUGAGAGGAUUGGUUGUCUUACGUGUGGUGAAAUGGGAGGACUGAGAUACUCAGUGAUAUCUGGACUUGGUCUGAACCUACCCCCCUCGAAUAAGGCAAGCUAUGAUAUUCAUGAGCUCUUGAACGAUUGGAUUCAGCCUGAAGUAAUUGACGGUGUCGAGUGUAACAGAUGUGGCCUGGUGCAGGUAUCUUCAGUUCUGCAAUCUCAGGUCGAAUCCAUGACUAACGAAAAACUGAGACUCUUGACUCAGGAAAGAAUCAAAGAGAUCAACUCUGAGUUGUCAAAGCCGAUCAUUGACGAUGACGUCUACUCGAAACUGCAUACCAAAAACAUGGUUCAGAAGUCUAGAAAGGUUAAGCAAAUCUUGUUUUCGAGACCACCGCCUUUGCUGUCCAUCCAUGUUAACCGUUCGGUAUUUGAUCCAAAGACUUACAUGGUGCGCAAGAAUGGUGCACAGGUGAACUUUCCCGCUCAUCUUGACCUGAGCGAUUAUAUCGCAGAGCCUAACAACAUCAACACUGACGCUCGACUGUCCUUCAAAAAGAGCAAGUCGCCAGAACUGAUAUACUCCUUGAAAUCGGUGAUAUCACACUUCGGUACACACAACUAUGGACAUUAUAUAUCCUACCGUAAGUACCGUGGGAUAUGGUGGCGGAUAAGCGACGAGACUGUUGGAGUCUGCACCGAGAAAGAUGUGCUGAUGUCCCAGGGAACAUUCAUGCUGUUCUACGAACUUUCUGACAGAAACGAUCCAAGGGAUAACUUCGGCGCAGACGAGGAAGAGGAAGAGGAAGACGCUGAAAGCGACGAGGUCAACAUGGAAGAGGAUGAAGACAGCGAUGCCAGUAGUCAUGACAAUGACAUCAAUGAUUCGUCAGAGAAUGAAGCUGACCAUGACAAUGAGUCGUCACCUCCUCUGACUUCCGAGUCUUCAAUAAUGGAGGAAGUAUCCAGCCAGAUAACCGAAGACACUGCCAUACUCACAGCCCAGGCGAAUAUAUAA